AUCUUCAUCUUCCUCAUCACCAUCACUAAGCAACAAUAUCGACCCAAUUGCUCCUUGAGUUUCUGCUCAUGAAUUUCAUGAAUGGAACAAGAAAAUUCAAUCCCAUGGAAAAUUAUUUUCUUCUGAUUAUUUCGUUAAUUCAGUUAAUUGUGAUAACACCAAUUCGAAUGAAAAAAAAAAUUUAAUCAGUAAUUUCUCAAUUGUUUGUUAAGUUUACAAAGAAAAAAACAAAGUUAAUCAAAGAUCAAAUCAACAAUUAAAACACCAACAAGUUAAUCAUUGAAUCAAUUGUGUGACUAUUUAAAAUAUUAGAGUAAAAUUUAACUAAUUGAAAUUUAAUUCAAAAUUUUGAUUGUUGAAAGGUUUCAUCCUGCAAUUAGUGAACAAUUUGUUUCAAAACUUUGAACCAACACUAAUUAGUUGAUCAACUAUUACAAUUAGUAAUUAAAAAGUGAUGAUAAAGUAAUUAACCAAAAUUGAUUUAUUUUUAGAGAUUUUCAAUUAUCAAUAUUUGAUUGAAGAGCAAUAAAAACAAAUUAAUUAACCAGCAACCUGCAAUUUAAUUAACCACAAUUAGUUUAACGAGUUGAUUGAAAUAGUAAUGAACUUUUUUUCCCCAAUUAGUAUAAAUCUAGAAUGUUAAGUUGAGUUAAUUAGUUUGAAAGUAAAACUUGUUCAUGAAACAAUCAACAAAUUGAAAGUUUACAAUCACAACAAUUAAGAAAAUUGUUCCAACAAGUCAAUGUCCAGUGUAUUAACAAUUUACCUGUUAUGAUUACUGCUGGACAAUCAACUGGAUCAAAUAUUAAAUUAGCCAAUGGAAAUGAAACUUCAUCCUCAUCACAUCCAGAUAAUCAAGCUAAUUGUCAGGAUAUAAUUGUUACAACAAUUCAGCCAACAACAAGUAAUUUAAAUCAAUGUAAUCAUGAAACAUUUCAACAAUUGAAUAAGAUUAAUGUUAAUCAAGUUUAUUCAUCAUCUUCAAGUGUCAAUGAGAUGAAAUCUUGUCAACCUUUUAACAAUCCCUUGGCCUCAUCAGUUGACCACAGGUCAAUAAAGGAAAGUUCAUGUUCAGCCCCUCCCUUUGGUCAUCAUCAUCGUAAUGAUAAUCAACUUAGUGAUGAUCGGGUUAAUGGUCAAGGAGGGUCAUCACCUCAGUCCAAGGAGGAGGUUGUGGUCAACCCUGGUUCUGGUGAGGUGAAAACUUCAUUCAUGAUGAGACAUCAAAUUGAAGCUUUAUUUCAACCCACUGAUAAUAAACUAGCAAUUAAAUUGUUUGGCUCAAAGGGGAAACAUAAUCAAAAUGGUGAUAAUAAUAAUAACAACAAUCAACAAUCCCAAUCAGUUAAUAACAAUUUAAAUCAAAUCGCUUCGACGACCAAUAAAUCAACUGAAUCAAAUCAUCAUCGUCAUCGUUGUAUUUUUCAUCUUUGCAAUAAUUUCAGUUUAACAACAUGUUUAAAGGUUAAAAAAGGUGAACGAGGUUACAAAACAAUCAUAAUUAGCCUUAUUCUAAUCAUAAUCAUAUUGAUAUCAUUACAAUCGUACAUGAUCAUAAUCACAGCCAAACAAUCACAAAUUGUAUCAACAAUUAAAAACCUUUGCCUGACCCCAGGUUGUAUUAAAGCAGCUUCAUCCCUCUUAUCCCGUAUGGACAUUAAUGUUGACCCUUGCCACGAUUUUUACUCCUUUGCCUGUGGGUCAUUUGUCCAGAUGAAAACUGUCCCCGAUUCCCUUGUAACUUAUGAUAUGUUACAACAAAUGGAAGAGGUUUCAACCCUUGAGAUGAGGAAACUGCUCGAGGCCAAUAUAACGGAUUCCGAUGGAAUUGCGAUUUCAAAAGCUAAAAUCUUUUACUCUUCUUGUAUUGAUGAUAAAUCAAAUUCAAAUGAAAGUGAAAAUGUCGCCGCUCUAAUUGAUUCCAUUGUCCAUCCAACUGGACCUUGGCCAUUGUUACAUUCAAUUCUUAACUCACCUCAUCUCUUACCUUCACCUUCACUUGAAGAUCGCAUUUUGGACACUUUUAUUUACCAAGUUCAAUCGAUAUUUCGAAUAACCAUUUUGCCUGAGAUUUUACCAAAUGCCACGAGAAAUGAUCUUUGUAUCUCAAUUGGACGAACAGUAAUUGAAGAUGAAUAUCUUGUUAAUCCAAAUCGUUCAGCUAAAUAUGAUGAAUAUAAAUCUUUUUACAAAGAAUAUCAUGUUAAUAUGAUGGAACGAUUGUCCAGUCUGUUGACCGGUACAGAGAUUAAAUUACAACCUCACCAUUUAUCCGAGAUUGAUGAGGUUAUUGAUUUUGAGAUGGAAUUUGGAAAGUUAACAGCUCAAGAUUAUUCAGAAUCAAGUUCAUCAUCUGAAACAAACAAUUCAACUACUACUAUUGACCCUUUAAGGUCAACAUCACCACCCUCACCUCGACCUUUGAUAACUGUUGGUGAACUUUCAUCAAAUUUUACAGCCAUCCAAUGGAUUAAAAUAUUUGCCAAAUUAUCAACCAUUUCCGGGGUUAAUAUAAGUGACCUGUGUACCGAGAAAGAGGAUUACCUGGUCAAACUGAAUGAACUUAUACCAAGAUACUCACCUCGAACCAUAGAUAAUUACCUUUGCUGGGCGAUUCUUGCUCAAUAUACAGAAUCGUUGGGUCCAUCUUUCCGUCGGCUUCAAGGUGAAUUUCGUCGACGUGUCCCAGAGAUUCGGGCAACUGAACCUAAUCGAAUUUUCUUCUCACGGUGGAAAGAGUGUGUCUACAUUACCACCCGAAUACUACCAAUACCCUCCUCACAUCUUUACCUGACCCAUAAACCGAAUCACGUUUCACUGGCCAAUGGUCAAGUAAAUGUAAUGCUUAAUGAAAUAAAAGAGGCAAUGUAUUCAAUUCUAGACUCACAGGAAUGGUUAAAUCAACCGAAAGGUGACCAAUACAAUCAGAUGACCAAUGAAAGUCAAUCCAAUGAAUUUGAUGUUCGACUUAUUUUGAAAAAUCGUAUCGCCGAUUCAACUCUACUCGUUGGUCUACCUGAUUAUCUGCUUAAUCGUUCCCAACUUGAUGAACAAUAUAAACAUCUAAUUGUCUCCAGUGAUCAAGUUUUCAUCAACAAUUGGCUGAAUUUAACUAAACACGAGAAAAUCCUUGAAUUAACUCGAAUCGGAUUAACGGUUGAAAAAAAUCUCUAUUUUAAUCCACCAACCGAGGCAAAUGCUUUCUACGAUUGGAAUAUCAAAAUGAUAACUCUUCCUCUUGGUAUACUUCAUGAGCCAAUAAUCAGUGAAGGUAGACCAAGAUUUCUUGAUUAUUCAACCUUAGGGCAUAUUCUUGGACAUGAGAUUAGCCAUUCACUGGACAAAGAUCCGGACACCGAUAAUACAACAGGAAUCAAUUGGUGGCCCAAUCAAUUGAAAUCUGAAUAUGAAUCUCGAGCUCGUUGUUUUGCUGAACAAUAUUCAACCUACAAGAUUGAUUUAAUCAAUGAAUAUGUAAAUGGUAACAAUACUUUAACUGAAAAUAUCUGUGACUUUGUUGGUCUUCAACAAGCUUAUUUGGCCUGGACUCGAAGUACAAUUGAUAAAUUAACUCAAUUACCUGGUUUAACUAAUUACUCAAGUGAUCAAUUAUUUUUCCUUCAAUUUGGUCAAGUUUUCUGUGAGGUGGCGACUCCUGAUGGUUACCUGAAGAACCUAUUAACUGACCCUCACUCUCCAGGUAAAUAUCGGGCCAACGGUGUGUUGGUUAAUACACCACAAUUUAGCCGAGCGUUUAAUUGUCCACUGGGAUCACCAAUGAAUCCAAUUGACAAAUGUAAACUUUGGUCAAUCGAAGGAUAAACGACAAUUAACUUAAUCAUCUCUAAAUAUACAUAAAUCGAAAAGUUUUUUCUUCUUCUUUCUCUGUUUCUCACUUUAGUUAAUCAGUUAAUCAAAUCUAAUUGUUAAUUGUUAUGUUUGUCUGUUUUAUAAUAUAAUCCAUAAUCUAUACAUACAAAGUAAUCAUCAAAUUGAUUGAUUGUCAUGGGGAAAUAUCAAAACAAUUAUCAUCAUCAUCAUUGUAUCAAUUGUAAUGUCACCUCAAUUUAAUAUCAUUGAUUUAAUUUAAAAAUUAAAUUCCAAUUCAAGUAAAUUAAUUACGAAACAAUUUAAAGUUAAUUGUUAUCGUCGUCAUAGUUUUUAAUCAAACCUUUCUUGAUGUUUAAUAAAUUAUACAAUUGUAUUUAAAGUUUUUCGCCUCAUUUAUAAUGGUUGGUUAAAAUGUAUUAUUGUUGAUUGAAACAAUUAAAAAGACAAUUAAAGAUGGAGGUUUACAA